CCACGCGCCUCUGAUUAUUUUACCCAGACAACCGCAGUGGAGUGCUUAUGCUAUGCUCGUUCCGGGGCGCCCUCACCGCUCCAUACGCUGACGGUCGGCGGAACACGUUGAUGCCACCAGCAGAGCUCCAUCCCUUAAUAUUCUGAGAAGGAUGUGACUUGUCAACAAUCGACAUUCUCCUGCAUAAAGGAACCAACAAUGCAAGCCUUGUAAGCUGCCAAUCAUGGCUCAAAGGAAAAGGCCGGGGAGUUGUGGGGGAAGCAGCAUGCCCACUCAAGGCCCAGCUUCCUGUCCCACCCCUCGUCCUGUGGAGUCAUGUGAUCUCAAAGCCCUCCCUCCACGGCAACGCCCACUGCGCUACCACAAAGAGUCAUGUGACCCGAAAGCCCCCUCUCAUUCCUGUAAGGCACAAUAUUCUUCUUUGACUCCCCACGAAGUGGAUCACGGUUCCCCGCAAAAAGAUGCAGAGGUGGAAGGAAAGCAGUACAGCAACAAAGAGGCUGACAUAGAAAUAGAGAAUCAGCAUCCAGCAACCCCGCCCUUGCCCGAGCAUAACCACGAUGAUCAGGACGAGGCCGACUUCCAUGGGGGUGCUGAUAGUCUUGAUGAUGACUCCAGCUCUGACUACAUCAACAACACCUCAGACGAUGAGGAAGACUAUGAUGAUGGACUGGCAGAGGAAGAUGAGGGCGUGACUUAUUACAUCCGCUACUGUCCAGAGGAUGACAGUUACCUGGAGGGAAUGGAUUGCAGCAGCCAGGGAGAAUGCAACCACAGCCACAGCCAGGGUGGCUGCGCCAUGCAGAAAGGCGAGUCCCAUCCCGACGAAUGCCAGGAGGCUGUGGAAGAGUGGGGCGAGGAGGAGCAGGAGGAGGCUGACGGCGAGGUCAGAGAAGAAGAGGAGUGGGCAGAAGAUGAGGAAGGAGAAGAGGACGUAAGGGGUGAAUGGAGGGAAGAGCAAGGGGAGGCGCGAGAAGAGUGGAGAGACAGAGAUGAGGAGGUGCAAGAGGAGUGGAGGGAAGAGAGCCAGGUCAGGCAUGAGCAGUGGGUGGGGCGAGAGAGACAAAGGGUGGAGGAGUGGUGUGAGGAGGAGGGGGAGGUUCGCUGUGAGGUGGUGGAGCAAGACCCAGAUGAACAGAUCUAUAAUGGACGACCAGAACCCAUCCUGGACCAUCAUCACCACCAUCGCUAUCACCACCAGCCCGACGUGCCAGACGCCUUACACACCUGUCGAGGUGACAGGGAGGAGGAGCAGGAAGCCGAAAGUGAAGAGUACAACCCAAACGAGGAAGAGGAGGAGGAGGAUGGUGAAGAGGAGGAGAGACAUGGACGAGCAUACACUGGAGACUACUAUGUCCCUGAAGACAAUGGCAACUCAGUGAUGGUUUCUUCAUAUAGUGGCCGCAAAGUGUUAGUAGUGGAAGGGGAAACUGGGGAGGAGGCUGAGGAAGACAUUGAUCAAAUAGUUGCUGAAGUAAAAAUGAGUAUGAGUAUGGGCAGCUUAAGCAGCGGCACUGACCAAAGCCCAGAGGAGCUGGCUCAGGACCCAGCCCCAACUGUCUACUCUCACUCUAAGCCUGAGGCAGCCCCUUAUCCACCACCUCAUCACCGUCACGACAGCCGACCCAAGUCCCUGAACCUCCCGUCCAUGCACCACAACAACCCUGACCUCCAGAGGGGCGUCAAGGCACAUCCGCGCUCCCCUGAAGACAGGCAGAGAUGGUCUCAAGAGCAGGGUGGCAAUGGUGCAGAGCAACCCAGAAAACAGCAGCGGUCAGACCUUAAUGUUCCUCUGGAGAACAAUAAUGUGCCAGAGCCGACAAAGAAGGUUGCAUCUUUCCCCAGCUUUGUGGAUGUCCCGGGACCAUGUGAACCCGAAGACCUGAUUGAUGGAAUUAUCUUUGCUGCAAACUACCUGGGCUCCACACAGCUGCUUUCUGAGAGGAACCCUUCCAAGAACAUACGCAUGAUGCAGGCUCAGGAGGCCGUCAGCAGGGUCAAGAGGGUACAGAAGGCUGCCAAAAUCAAGAAAAAGGCGAAUGCUGAUGGAGACACUCAAACUCUGACGGAGGUCGAUCUGUUCAUUUCCACCCAGAGGAUAAAAGUCCUCAAUGCAGACACACAAGAAACAAUGAUGGACAAUGCACUUCGCACAAUCUCUUACAUUGCCGAUAUCGGGAACAUCGUAGUCCUGAUGGCAAGACGCCGAAUGCCCCGAACGGCUUCGCAGGACUGCAUCGAAACUACCCCCGGAGCACCUGAGGCAAAGAAGCAGUACAAGAUGAUCUGCCAUGUCUUUGAGUCUGAGGAUGCCCAGCUCAUUGCUCAGUCCAUAGGUCAGGCCUUCAGCGUGGCCUACCAGGAGUUUCUCAGAGCCAAUGGAAUCAACCCAGAGGACCUGAGUCAGAAGGAGUACAGUGACAUCAUCAACACCCAGGAGAUGUACAAUGAUGACCUCAUUCACUUCUCCAACUCUGAGAACUGCAAAGAGCUGCAGCUAGAGAAGAGCAAAGGCGAGAUCCUGGGGGUGGUGAUCGUGGAGUCCGGAUGGGGGUCCAUUCUGCCCACGGUCAUCUUGGCCAACAUGAUGAACGGCGGGCCGGCUGCUCGCUCUGGCAAGCUCAGCAUCGGAGACCAGAUCAUGUCCAUCAACAACACCAGCCUCGUGGGGCUGCCACUCGCCACCUGUCAGGGAAUCAUUAAGGGCUUAAAGAACCAGGUGCAGGUAAAAAUGAAUAUCGUCAGCUGCCCCCCUGUGACCACCGUCCUCAUCAAGAGACCGGACCUGAAGUAUCAGCUGGGCUUCAGCGUCCAGAACGGCAUUAUAUGCAGUUUGAUGCGAGGAGGCAUCGCAGAGCGCGGGGGGGUCCGCGUGGGUCACAGGAUCAUCGAGAUCAACGGCCAGAGCGUGGUGGCCACAGCACACGAGAAGAUCGUUCAGGCCCUCUCAAACUCCGUUGGCGAGAUCCACAUGAAGACGAUGCCGGCAGCCAUGUUCCGGCUUCUAACAGGACAGGAAACACCCAUAUACAUAUAGAUGAAGCUACACAAACAGCCUGGAAGCUGUCGGCGCUACAAGCAUCCUGCUUCUCACCGGCGGGAGGAUUACUCCUCCCUGACCGUUCAAUCUCUGUUUUCUCAUUUCUUUGAGCUGAUGACUUCCAUUUUUAAUCAUCACCCCCUUUUUACCCCCCCGACAUGCAUUUUAAUGACAAGACUCGCUUAAUCCAUCAGAGCUGAAGAGGAGGAAAAAUAUGGUUUACCUGUUUGUCCUGUCUGUACUUUUUUUUUUUUUGUCUUUUGGGUAACAAAGUUUUCUUGUGAUGCAAUAUUUGACUCCCAUCCCCUUUAUUUAUUUAUUUCCCAUGUAAAUACACAUUUGACUAACAUGGGGGAACGUCUGCAUUUGUAAAUAACUCUUGAAGUUGCAGGCAGACAAAGCUCUGUCAUCGGGAGUGAAAAGCGACUUAACGUGUUUGAAUGUGCUGAGCUGCUGUGUUCCUCCAACCGCAGAGAGGGAUUAUGGGAGAAACGCCAUAUCCGUUUUGAGUUACCACAUUUUAAGGCAAUACACAACUGCAACCUCUGAGCGGCGAGUCUUUUCUAAAUCUCAUGUACAAAGAGGCCACUCGCCCUUCCAUAUCGAGCAGCAGUGAACAUUGGCAGUAGUUACGCUUUUGAUAUCAGGUCACAUGGGUGGCGUUUCUCUCGUCUGCUUACCCUCCACAUCCAUCUUUAGCGUUCCGACUGAACCUCUCUCGGAGACUGGACUGUGAAUGUAACCGUGUCGUGUGUGAGCUGUCGCAUUUCCACGAGCAGUAUUAGAAUGUCUGUACAUAAACCAGAACCUCGUCUAGUAUUGUGCUCAUGAUGAGAAACCACAACACAACAGGGUUUAGCCUCCGCUAUCAUCCGACUGGACACCGGCCCGCCAGCUGGACGGGGACGGAAUCACACACACUGUGACAGAGAAAAAAAAAAGCCUUACCCCAGAGUGACGCUUUCACACCUCACUGUAGUACUUCUAACCGUAUGAACAUUAUUUGUGUGCAUGCCUCGUAAUCUAGUAUCAUGUCAUUGUGGCAAGAUAAUAAAAGCUCAGUUGAACCUGA